AUGGAAUCGCCAGAGCGGGUCGAACUGCCGGCGGCCUUCGAAGAUGUCAACGUCGACGUCCUCGUCCAGCUCAUCGCCGAUAUGAUGGAACGCCUGAUGACGCACAACGACCAAAUCCCACUCCUACCCGAAUCUCUCACUCGCUUCCACUCUCGUGUCGCCCCCACGAUCUCCGUCGUCGACUAUCUCCGACGCAUUGUCCGAUUCACCAAAGCCGAGCGCGUAUGUCUGCUCAUCACACUGCACUACAUCGAUCAAAUCUCUGUCCGAAUGCCCGCCUUCGUCCUCUCUUCCCUCACCUGUCACCGCUUCGUCAUUUCUGCCAUAUGUGUGUCCAGCAAGUGUCUCUGCGAUGUUUUCUGCAGCAACACUGUCUACGCCAAGGUCGGCGGCAUUUCCGUUGCAGAAUUAAACGUGCUCGAGCGCGAGUUCCUGCGGAUCACCGAAUGGAAACUCACACCGACGAACGUGUGCAUUCGCCUCCUUGCACCGCGGCUAUAUGUUCAAGCCUACGCCGCGUCGACCGUCACGCUUACCCUCUCCGCCCAGUGCACACGCGACGUCCUGCAAGAAUACUACGUCAACCUCGUCCGCACCUUCAGCCACGGCACCUACGUUAUCGCCGACGCGCAUUCCUCCAGCAGCGGCCUCUCGGACAGCGACGCGGACAUGGACGACGAGCCCUCGCUGCCCGGCUCCCCGGUCCCGGCCUCAGUCCCGGCCUCGCACGCGCCCCACCCGCGCGGGGGCACCAUCCUCGUCGACACCGCGACGCUCGUGCCCCCGGACGCGCCGCAGCAGGCGACGGCGGAGCAGAACCUCGCCUUCGCCGCGCUCCAGCGGCAGCAAGCGCACGCACAAGCGCAUGCUCAGGCCCAGGCCCAGGUGCAAGCGGAGGCACUGCGUGGUCGCCCGGACACGGACACGGACGCAGACAUGUCUGCGUAG